CCCCCACUACCACGGCUAUAGGGAGCGGAGGCGCGCCCGGAGGCUGGCGCUCGCAGCUCCGUGGUGCUCGAGGAGCUCGGGCUCCAGCCGGAGCAGCGACGACGACGAGCACCGAUGCGCGGCGCGCGGCUUCAAUAAGAUGAAUUUCGAUGAGAGUAGGGAUUUGAAGGUGGCGAUGGUGAUGGGAAUGGGGUGCGGGCCCCGAUUCGGAGACGACCAGACCUCCGAUGUGGUGCUGAAUUUGAAAGGGGUGGGCGGAGGGGAGGAUGGCGAGGGCGCGCCCGAGGUCGUCUCGACCCUGUUCGUGCACUCCAAGGCGCUGCGCAGGUCUGAAUUUUUUGACGCACGGCUGUCCGAGCGCUGGAGCAGCGCUGCUGAGGCUGGAUGCAGCGGCAGCAGCAACAGCGGUAAAUCUGGACCCGGCGCUGGGGUUGUGGAAUUGACGCUGGAUAAGUGCAAGGACCCGCAGACGUAUGUGAGGUGCAUCCAAUUGCUCUAUGUGCCGGAUCGUGUGAAGCAUACGUGCUUUGUCGAUGUUCAAGAUGCUCUGAAUAUUUUGGAAGUUGCCGCAGAACUUUUGUUCCAUGAUUGCGUGGCCGCUUGCAUGCGGUAUUUGGAAUCGGUGCCUUGGACUCCUGGACAAGAAAGCUCGAUCAGAGCGUGUGUCUCCAAUUUGCACUUGCUGCCCUCGGAGGAUUUGCAAGCACGUCUGUGUUCGCCUGAGAGUGUGCCUGAUGUCAAGCCUGUCGAUAUUAUGCAAGGUGUGCUUGGGGAGCUUCUUACUCUCGUCACUAAUGGUGCCACUUCCAAAGCGCGCGAGAUCACGGAGAAAGUUCUCCUUGGCAACGUGCAGCCCGCCACUUCCACCGCGUUUGCCACCGUGAACGAAGUGGCCUUGUUUAAAGAGCUGCAAGGGAAUCUGGAAAUUCUCAAGGUACAGCUUCGCAAAUUUGCCAACUUCUUUUCUUGGAACGGACACCAGGUGAGUGUCGCCUGCUCUGCACUGCGGUGGCUCUUAGACGAAUUGUUCACCCUUCAAAUUGCCGACGAAGCGGUAAGAAUGUUUUCGGAAGAAAAGGAGCUUGCACAGUUGAUGGUCACAAGAAUUUACCAGAAUCCUUUUACGGAGACCUUGUUCUUCAUUCUUGUGCGCAUGCUUCAAGCCCUGCAGAAGGGAGAGGUUUUGUCUCCGAGAUCUGUCCGCCUGACUUUGUUGACCACCUGGUUACCCGUGGUAGCCAAGUUGGGAAAUGAUGACGAGAAUUUCGGACAUGAUGAGAUUCAGAGGAGUUUGGAGGACGGACUCGGGGCGGUUGUCGAAACCCUUCCGAUGGUUGAUCAGGAAUUGAUUUUUAGAAUUUGGAUUGGAGCGUGUCUCAAGUGUCGUAAGGCGUUUCCCGAUUUGAGUGAAGCCUUCGAAUCUUGGUGCAGCAAGCUUCGUCAAGCGCAUCGUGAAUCCGAUUUGGAAAGGGUAGCCGAUUUGAUGGAAAGGGGAGGAUCUUCGUGCUCUGAAGUUCUUUCAUCAAACUAAUACUUCGCACCCAGGAUUAUCAUAGGGUUUGCUUCCUGCAUACAGAGGCCUUUAUCGACCAAUACCAGGCGUCAACUCGUCUCUUCGUAUGGAAGUCUUUUUGACAACAAUUGAAGCUGAUAUCCACACCGGAAUUCCGAGGGCGAUACUUCCACUGUUCGUAUUUUAAAGGCGACCUGCCGUUUGUGUUGAGGCUUUGGCAUGUCACAUGCCUUCUCCAUCUGCGUCCUGCCUUCUCGAUGUUCACGUUCCACCUCCAUGGAGACUUUGAAAAUCUGUACAUACGUGCUGUCUAGUUCUGGAAAGAGACAGACAAAAUUGAUACGUCCUUCACGUCACCAAUUUACCCUUACUAUUGUACAAGGGCCGUCACUUCAUUUCUACUGUUGUCAUAGAAUACGACUUUCAUUCAUGACAUACAUGAGUCCUCAGGAGUUACGGGUGACAUGCCAACGGGUUGCUGAAGUUUCACAAGCUCUUAUCAUGAAACAGGUUAUCCAAGGACCAACGUGUUUAUUUGUACGUGAUAAAGCUGUAUAGAUAUACCUGGGACCACCAUUAUUGUUAAUACUGGUCCACUCUACAAUCAAAUGCACGGAGAGUCCAUUGACAUCUCCAUUUGUGUUCAUAAUCGGUGUGAAAUUUUCUUGUCUGGAGUAGAAGCUUCCGAAUGAAGUCAUCAUCUAUGAGAUGGGACUAUACACCACACAGUAUGCAGACAGUGGUGGACUCAUGUCAGGAUAUGUUUGAGUUUAACGAGAAGACGGACUAAAAACCGUUGUGUUCG